AUGAAAACGGAAACGAAUCUGCUGCGUGAGCUGCCCUCGGUGGACCGCGUCAUGACGCACCCUGCCGCGGCGCCUUUGCUGGAGCGAUUCAGCCGGCCGUUCGUGACGGAGACCCUGCGCGACCUCAUCGACGAAUUGAGGCAGGUCAUCAGAUCCGGCCACGGCCUUCCGCCUGACCGGCUGCAGGACGAAUCUAUCAUAACGGACCUGGAAAAAAAGCUCGUCCGAGCGGCCCGCCCGGGGUUGGUGCGGGUGGUGAACGCUUCCGGGACCAUCCUGCAUACGAACCUGGGACGGGCGUUGCUUUCGGAGGCGGCGGCCGAAGCCGUGGGGCUCGUCGCGCGCCACCCCGUCAACCUGGAGUUCGACCUCCACCGGGGCAAGCGGGGCCAGCGGGAGGCCGGCGUCGAAUCAUUGCUCAGGGAAUUGACCGGAGCCGAGGCCGCGGCGGUGGUCAACAACAACGCCGCGGCGGUGCUGCUGGGGCUCAACUCCAUGGCCGAGGGCAAGCAGGUCGUCGUGUCCCGCGGCGAGCUCAUCGAGAUCGGCGGGUCGUUCCGGAUCCCGGAGGUCAUGGCCAAGAGCGGCGCCCUGCUCCGGGAGGUGGGCACCACCAACCGCACCCACCCGCGGGACUACGCCGACGCCAUCGACGAGAACACCGGGCUGCUGCUCAAGGUGCACACCAGCAACUACCGGGUGGUGGGCUUCUCCGCGGAGGUGGAGUUGAAGGAGCUGGUGGCCAUCGGCCGGGAGCGCGGCGUGCCGGUGAUGGAGGACCUCGGCAGCGGCGCGCUGGUGGACCUCGCAACGCUGGGGCUGCCGCGGGAGCCGCUGGUGGCGGAGCGCGUGGCCAUGGGGGCGGACGUGGUCACCUUCAGCGGCGACAAGAUCCUCGGCGGACCCCAGGCAGGGCUCGUGGCCGGCGGAAAGUGCUGGAUCGAGCGCAUGAACCAGAACCCCCUCAAGCGCGCCCUGCGCUGCGACAAGCUCACCCUGGCGGCCCUGGAGGCGACCCUCCGGAGCUACGUCCAGUCCCCCGACCUGCUCCGUGAAAUUCCGACCCUGCGGGCCUUCAGCCGGCCCCCUCGACGAGAUCGAGGAGUGCGGCAGGAAAGUGCUGCCGCUGCUGCAAGAACGAUCGGCAGCGGCGCCCUCCCAACCGAGGAGAUCCCGAGCAAGGGCAUCGCCGUCCACACCGGCAAAAUGAGCGCCGACGAGGUGGCGCAGGUGUUUCGCCGCGCCGAUCCGCCCGUCAUCGGCCGCAUCAAGAGCGACCGUUUCAUGCUCGACCUCCGGAGCGCCGGCGACCCCGGGUCGCUGGUGCCCAACCUCCCGGACCGGCAGCGGCCGCUCUGA